UACAUAUUAGGUUUAAAUUAAAACUAUGUCUUGGUUGAGCGAGAUUACAUCUAAAGCUGAAAUUUUUUUGAAUAAGAUAGAUCAAAGUGCUGCAAUAACUUUAAAUAAUGAAUCGUUGACUCAUGAAAAAAAUGAAUCUUAUAAUAAAUACAAUAUCAAAGACUCGCCACAACUUUCUCCUAUUAAUAAUACAUUCAGUGAAAAUGACGGCAAAAGAACUAAUUUAAAUAUGUUGAAUUUGUCUGUUGAUGAUAAAAUCCAUACAGCUAACAAACUACACAAUGAUGCAAUAUCCCAAUCAAACCUUAUGCGUUCUACUAGUACACCUUCUUUGAUAAAACAAGAUGAAAUGUUAUUCCAGUUUUUAAACAGUUCACAGCCAUCUGAAAAGAGCCACAGAAAAAGUCAUUCUGGUCCAAAAGUAUCUCACAAUUCAGCAACUUUGCGCAAGUCUUCUUUAACAGAUACCAUUUCUUCAGAGGUUAUUCAAUCUUAUGUGCCUUUAAAAAGCAAUCUUGACAAUAAACUGUUAGAUUCUGUCAAAGUUAGCACUGGAACAGAAAAAACAAUAAAAGAAGUCAAUGUAAUGCAUGCAACAGAAAAGAAUAACAGCAGUGGGGCUUAUCAAAAUAAAGAACUUCUUACAAACUUGGAACUUGAAAAUAAGUUGCUUAAAAACGAGUUAAGUGUUUUAAAUGAGGAACUGGCUUUAAAUCUCCAAAGAUUACAAAAGCAAAAAGAUGAAACAGAAAUGUAUCAAAAAAGAUAUGAGAAUCGUAGAAAUCAACAGAAUGAAGAUUAUGAACGCAUUCGUAAAGAUUUUGAAGCACGUGAAGCUGAUAUGCAAGAAGCAUUAAAAGCAAAAGAUUCUCAACUAGCUGUUUUGCGUGUUCGCAUACAAGAGGUGGAUUUAGAACUUAAAGAUAAAAUUCAAACAUUGGCGUUGGUUGAAAGUCAAAAUGAAAAACUUCUUAAAGAUCACAAAGAUGCAUAUGGAUUUCAUGGUGAUGCUUUGCAAAAACUGCAGUUGAAAUUAGAAGAAACUGAACAGGAGUUUCAUAAAACACAACAUGAGUGUAAUAAAUUAAAAGAAGAAUUGAUUAAUAUGCAAGCAAAAUUUCAAAAUGAACAAAUUCAGUCUACAGAAAUCAUAAAACAGCUACAAGCAAAACAAAAUGAUGAGAAAGUUAAACUUCUUGAGUAUGAGUUAAAGGUAAAACAUUCAGAAGAAACAGCUUGUCAAGCACAAAAUGAGUUUGCUGAGUACAAAGAAAAAGCUGCUCGUAUUUUGCAGGCAAAAGAAAAACUAAUAAACUCUUUAAAGCAAGGAGUAUCCUCUUCUGAUUCUCAAUUAAUGCUUUUUUCCGAACUAGAAUCAUUGAAACAAGAAAGAGAUUUAUUAAGUGAUGAAAUUAAAAAGAACACUUACACAAUUGAACAACUGCGGUCAGAGUAUCAUGAUUUAGAAAUGGUUCACAAUGAAGGUAGAGAAGAAACUAAUGAUCGCAUUGAAAGUUUACAAAUGUCAUUACAGGAAGAAAUUCAAAAGAGAAAUAAUGCAGAGGAUGACAUGAAGCGAUACAUGCAGGAAUUGCAUUUUGUGAGAGAUGAACUUCAUAAAACUAAAAUAUCCAAUGUAUCAUUAAUUCAGCAAUAUGACGCAGAAAUUAAUAGACUCCAACAGCAAUUGGUUGCAAAAAGAAGUGUAAGCUCUUCAGAAGAAGAACUUGAAAACCGAUUGCGAACUCUUACAGAAAAUCUAAUUCACAAACAGACAACCAUUGAGGCUUUAGGAACAGAGAAGAAUUCGCUUGUACUUCAACUUGAACGAUUAGAAAAGCAAUAUGCAGAUGUACAGAAUAGUUUGGUCAAAAGAAGUAAAGCAAACCAACAAAAUGAUUUUGAUGAUUUGGAAGCUGGUUCUCAUAUUGCAUCGAUUUCUUCGGUGAUGCCUUCACAAAUUACACGAAAUCAACAUUGGAAAAAAACCGUGAAUACAAUUGAUAAAAUAAGCAUUCAACUUGGUGUGUUUUUACGCCGCUACCCUACUGCACGACUUAUGGUUGUUAUCUACAUGAUAAUCUUACAUAUUUGGGUGACCUUUGUUCUUUUAACAUACACACCUGAGAUUCAUUAAUAAUAACAGAUUUUCACAAUUAUUUAUUUAUGAUUAAAUAUAUACAUAUUUUUCUA